UCUCUUCUUAUUUAUAUAGAUUAGGAAGGUCCCCCACGUGGUCCCACGUGAGCACCGAUACUUCACUGACUCUGAAAGAGUUCCCAGUUCCCUACAUUCACUGAUUUCAAAAUAAAUCCAAAUACAGCAACUUCUUCGUCAAUCCCAUUUUUGUCUUUUUAUUCCUUAAAUUCUCUUUGUCUCUCUCUCUCUCUCUCUCUCUCAAUUCUUAUCUCAUAGACUCAUAGUAUAUUUAUGAUAUAUCUGUGCUUUUUAUUUUCCCCACAGUUUCUCGAGAAACAAACAGAGUGAGAGAGAAGUUGAAUCAUGACGACGACGACGAGGCUUAACGAUGUGGUUAAAUCCCCGGCUUUCGUCAAAAUUACAGUGAUUGCCCUUCUCUCCCUCUCCCUCUUCUUCCUCUUCAACCCUUUCUCUUCCUCCUACAACCCUUCUCUCAUCUUCUCCUCUCUCCCUCUUCUCCUCUCCAAUACGACACCGUCUUCUCCACCCCCUCUUCCGACUACGCUUCACGAAACGACGACAACGACGUCAUCUCCUCCGCCUCCGCCUCCACCGUCUCCGUCGCCGCCUCCUCCUCCGCCGCCGAAGCCUCCGAAGAUGGACAUGUUGAUAAGGAUGGGGAUAGUAGACGAGAAUGGCGCGAUGUCGACUGAUUUCGAGGUCGGCGAGAUCGACGAGGGUUUUGACGACGAGGAGUUAGAGUAUGAGAGAGAAAAAGAGAAAGAGAAAGAGAAGGAGAAAGAGAGGAAUGGUGGUAAGAGGGUUAAGGUUGAGAAGUUUAAGGUGUGCGAGGAUAAAAGUCUGAGCCACUAUGUGCCGUGUUUGGACAAUGUGGAGGAGAUUAAGCGCUUGCAUUUGAGUGAGAGUGUUGAAAAAUACGAGCGGCAUUGUCCUCCUCAGCCCUUGGAUUGCGUGGUGCCGAGGCCCGAGGGAUACCAAGUUAGGAUACCUUGGCCUCAGAGCCGAAACCAGGUGUGGUUGACUAAUGUUCCCCGUACAAGUCUGUUUGAAGCUAAAGGUAGUCAAAAAUGGAUAUCAAUAAAAAAUAAUAUGUACGUUUUUCCAGGAGGUGGAAGGGUGAUUAGUCACUUGGAUCGGAUUUCUAAGAUGAUUCCCGACAUUGGUUUUGGCCAAAAGACCCGAGUAGCAUUGGACAUUGGUAGUGGAGUAGCAGAUUUUGGUGCCCUUUUGAUGCAACGUAAUGUGACCACUCUGUCAAUAGCGCCAAAAGACGAAUAUGCAAACCAGAUUCAGUUUGCUCUAGAACGUGGUGUGCCUGCCAUGGUAGCUACAUUUGCUACGCAUCGUCUGUUGUAUCCUAGCCAGGCUUUUGACUUCAUCCAUUGUUCAGAAUGUGGAGUUAAUUGGGCCCAAAAUGAUGGAAUUAUGCUACUUGAAGCCAACAGGAUGCUAAGGGCAGGAGGAUAUUUUAUUUGGGCAGCAGAGGCUGUUUAUAAACGUGAAGAAAACCUACGAGAACAAUGGAGAGGAAUAGAGAACUUGGCUACUCGCAUUUGUUGGGAACUAGUAAAGAAGGAGGGAUAUCUUGCUGUAUGGCGAAAACCUUUGAAUAACAGCUGCUAUCUUAAUCGUGCUGGUGAAGUGCAACCUCCAUUGUGUGAUUCUGACGAUGAUCCAGACAAAGUUUGGUAUGUUAAUUUGAGAACAUGCAUCACUCGAUUACCAGAGAAUGGAUAUGGAGCUAAUGUUACUACAUGGCCUUCACGCCUUCAUUAUCCACCAGACAGGCUCCAGAGCAUAGAGAUGGAUGCCUACAUAUCCAGAAAGGAAAUCUUCAAGGCAGAGUCAAAGUAUUGGAAUGAGAUAAUCACUGGUUAUGUUGGUGCUUUUCACUGGAGAGAAUUCAAAUUAAGAAAUGUGUUAGACAUGAGAGCUGGAUAUGGAGGGUUUGCAGCUGCACUGCAUGACCUUGAGAUUAAUUGCUGGGUUAUGAAUGUUGUUCCAGUUAGUGGCCCCAAUACCUUGCCUGUCAUAUAUGACCGUGGACUUAUUGGAGUUAGGCAUGAUUGGUGCGAACCAUUUGACACUUAUCCUAGAACAUAUGACCUGUUGCAUGCAAAUGGUCUCUUCUCUGUUGAAAAAAAGAGGCAAAGAUGUGAUUUCUCAACCAUCAUGCUUGAGAUGGAUCGGAUGCUAAGACCAGAUGGGCGUGUCUAUAUACGUGACACAAUAGCUGUUAUUGGUGAAGUAAAUGAAAUUGCAUCUGCCCUGGGAUGGGUGCCGCAACUACGCGAAACUGGCGAGGGACCCCAUUCAAGCUGGAGGAUCUUAAUAUGUGAUAAACGUAUGUGACCUGCUUCAUAGUGUGAAACCAGUAAAGAAAGGAAGAAGAAAAACAAAAAACAAAGACGGAAAAAGCAUAUAAACUAGGGGACAGUGGCAUCUAAACCCAGAUAGAAGCAGGGCUGGUUGGACAUGAGAUUGUCCAAUUAACUGGGCAGGGUCUCUGCAAAGCUUUCUUGGUUACCAGCUGCCGUCUUCAUUGAAUGCUAUUAUUUUUCGUUUCACCUUGAUGAAUGCCGUGAAUUGUCCCUGAUUGUCUUGUAUAUUAUGGCCACUUCCCAACACAUAGUACUUUGUUAGAGAAGGAACUGAAAAAAGAAAAAAAAAAGACUUGCUUGAAAUCAGUUUUGGUAAAAACUUUUGGAACGCCCAAAGCCUUUGCUGCUGAGCACACUUCUCAUUCUUAAAAGAGUCUUGAUUAUUAGAGCUGUAACACAGAUUAGCUCUGUGAUGUACAAAUGAUUUGUUUGGUCUCUGAUAAACUCGCCUAUGACUUGUGAAAAAUUGCUUGGAGAAGAGCUUCAUAAGUCAAUUUUCAACC